GCUGCAGGAGCCCCUGUGCCUCUGUCAGACACCGCCAGCUGUCAUUCAGCCUGUGUUGUAGUUUGUGAUGGAGCAGGCCUGAUCCAGCAGCCUAUAACAGACCUGCAUGUGUCCACCUACAGCUCGGCGCUGGCUGCCACACUGCGGCGGGCUGGCGGGCUGACAAUGACUUGAAUGCUGAUUAUUGUGAAGAUCGACAAAGGACACAAGGAAAGGAGGAGAUGAACCGUUUCCUGCGAGCCGGGGAGAAUGGAGGGCUGCUGACGGACUGCAGGGAGCUGUCACCCAACCACACCGCCUCCUCCGCCUCCUCCUCUUCCACCACCACCUCUUCCUCCUCCUCCUCCUCCAUCUCCAUCACCUCCUCCUCCUCCUCCUCCUCCUCCAGCGCCGCUGGCUCAGCCGACAGACACGCGGCCCUGCCCUCGCUCCAGACCCGGGGACCUGUCGGCGGUGGCGGCAGCGGCGGGUCGGAGCCGAGGAGAUCCGCGCUUAAACGCAGCCGAGCCGGCCGGGAGGGAAGAGAGGAACCGGAGGCGGCGGCGGCGGCGGAUCACUCAGCGGCUGCCGUCGCGGUGCGCGGCGGCGGCGAGGUGUGCGUCGGGGUCGGUAAGCAGCAGCAGCAGCAGCAGCGUCGGGAGGCUCAAGGACGCAGCGUCGGUGGAGAAGGUCUGGAGAUGAUUUCAGCGGUCAGCAGAGACGCGGACGGCGGCGGGAGCGGCAACAGUAACAACAACAACAACGGCGUCUCCGAAGUGACCACGGCCUCUCCUGCGACAUGCGCCAAAGGCAAGGAGGAGAGGAAGGGGAAGAACGUGAUCCGGGGCUGGAAGAGGGACAGAGACAGGGACAGGGACGCCGCCGCUCCAGCCGCCGCUCCUCCUGCCCGGACGAGGAAGGAGAAGCCCGGCGAUGGCUCGUCUCCUCCUCCCUCCGUUUUCCUCCCGUCGUCCGCCCUGUCCGAGCAUCAUCUGUGCCGCGACGGCCCCGGACACUGCCACAGCGCCGCGCCAGACUCCAGGAUCACGGGAGAUAACGGCAACAUUAACAACGUAAACAAUAACAAUAGCGGGAGUAACGGCGGCGGCGGCGCUGCCAGCAAAACCGCGCUGGAUUGUGGAGUUAAAAGCGGCGGCGGCGGCGGCGGCGCUAUUGUUGUCAGGCGGCAGCAUGACGACACGCCGGCGGCCAAGAAACACAGAGGAGCCGAGAAGGUGGACCCCAUGUUCACGGUGCCAGCUCCCCCUGCUCCAGGCCACCCCGGGGCCCCCGGAUCCUCUCUGCCCUCGGCCCCUUCCUUCUCCCCUCCGGCCCUGCCCACCUCCAACCUGAAGCAGCUGGCGGUGAGGACGAGGUCAAUAGGCACCAACACCCAGGAUGGAGGCGUCUCAGGAGCACUGGAGGGCGACUCGGCCUGUCUGGGACCCUGCCAGCCCGGGACCAGCGUCAACCUGGAGGGCAUCGUGUGGCACGAGACUGAGGAAGGUGUGCUGGUGGUGAAUGUGACGUGGAGGAAGAGGACCUACGUGGGGACUCUGUUAGACUGCACCAAACAUGACUGGGCUCCUCCAAGGUUUUGUGAGUCUCCCUCCAGUGACCCUGAGUUGCCAGGUGGGCGUGGCCGGGGCAAGCGGAUGCGAAUGGCCAUGGCCGAGCGGCCCUGCGUUGAGCCGGCCCCUGCUGCCAAAGUCAGGGGUCUGUCCCAGCACAGGAGCCGUGGAGGUGGUGUGGCUGGAGCCACCGCACCCAUCCACAGCAAAGGACGGAGAGGAAGCUUAAACCUCAUCAACAGCAACUGCCGAACACCUCCUUCUUUCUUCACUGUGGAGGAGGUGAAACCUGCCAACAGCACCUCCUCUCUGUCCUCCGGGAAGCGAAAGAACAAACCGCCAGCUGACCUGGACCUCAGUCUGGUCUCCUCUGAUGACAUCAAAAACGGGAAUGGGAAGAGGAUCCGGGCCAAAUCCCGCAGUGCCCCAUCCACGCCACAGGGCAAAUCAGACCCCUCGUUCAUGGACCCUGGAGGAGGUUGUGCCUCCUCACCACCUCCCCCACCCAUCCUCAUCGACUGCCCUCACCCCAACUGCACUAAACGCUACAAGCACAUCAACGGCCUGCGCUACCACCAGACUCAUGCACACCUGGAAGCUGAGGAGCAGCGGAAGCCGGAGCUGGAGCCCCUGAAGGACGGAGAGAGUGAGGAACGACUAUCAGACUGUGAGGACACCAUCAGCAACAUGACAUAUGACCUCUCAGAGACAAACAGCACUAAUGCCAACAGCUCCUCCAAGAAACCUGCUCCCUUAUAUAAGGUGACCACGGUGGGGUCUCCUAAAAACAGACGGCUACUCCUCAGUACUGACCACAGCCCCUCAGCCAACCCCAAGACCAGAAGAACCUCACUGCUGAAAGAUGGACUGAUUGAUGACCUCAGCAAUCUGCCCAUCAUCUCCAACAUGACCGUGGUUCUGGAGAACUGCAUGGUCCCAGACAGGAAUUCCACGGUCGAGAUGCCCAAGCUGGAAGCUGAAGGCUUGAUCGACAAAAAGGGAGGUGCAUGUGACAAGGGCAAGAAGGCCAACGGGAAGGUGGAGAAGCUGUCCAAGUCACGGACCAACCGGCCAAUCGCUCCGGCCCCUGCUCCCCCCAAGCUGAUCGCCAUUCCCAACACGGGGUAUCCGACCGGCACAGCAGAUACUGCCGCCUCACAGCAGCCGUCACCCAUGGCAGCCGUGGGCCUCACCAGUAAAAACCUUCCUCUGAAACCCAUCAAACCAAAGCUGAGCAUCGUUGUGGAACCGAGCCUUGUCAAAGCCACCCUGGUCAACUGCAGCAAAGAGACCAGGAAGAAAGAGAAACGGAGGCUGAAGGACAAACACAACAAAGAUGCGCAAACCAGGACGCCUAAUGGUGACAGCAGCGGAAUCAAAAUGGAAGAUGGUUGUGGUUCCAAAAUUGGUGUCAAGGAGAUUUCUGGAAGCCUUCUGAAGGAGCACCUCAGUAAGCAGGAUGUGAUUAACGGACUCACGGAGAGCCAGGAGAGCAGGAUGGCCAGCAUCCGAGCUGAGGCUGAUAAGGUGUACACCUUCACCGACAACGCCCCCAGUCCGUCCAUUGGUGGCUCAUCGCGGCUUGACUCUGCUGGUAGUUGCCUGGCAGCAGACAGCAAGAACAACAGCCCCGCCUACUCUGACAUCUCAGAUGCCGGGGACGACGGGGGAUCUUCCGAAUGCCGCUCGGAUGGAAUCAGAUCCAAGUCCGCCUCUUCGGUCUCUUCGGAGGUGAGCUCCAACGGUAACCACGGUAACUCUGGUAAAACCCCGUCCGCAGCAUCCGCCCCACCAUCAAAAGACUCCCAAUCCCCAUACUACCACAGCUAUGAGCCCUACUACCUGCAGGGGUACAUGCAGUCGGACAGGUCAAACAGCAGCAGCGUUGCUUUCCACAAAAGCUCGGCCCUCGACGGCAAAGGGAAGGACAGAAAGGAAGACGUGAAAGAGGAUGACAAAAGCUCUUCCCAUGAGUUUUCGGACUCAAAGAAAGGCGACGGGCCACCUCAGUCUCAGCUCCAGCUCGCUAUGAGUCAGACCCAGACCGCCUUGGCCCAGUCGCUGUAUUACGGCCAGUACUCCAGAGGACUGUACAUGGACCAGAAACUGUUACUGGCCUCCAAAUGCUGUGAUCAGACACAUGGUGCCAAGCAGAGGGGCGAGAGGGGACAGGGGGUGAGAGACAGUGAGGACGAUAAACACAUGGUUGGGGGUUCAACUGGUGGAUCCAUGCUAGGUAAAGGUCCAGACGGUGCUAAAGGUUGCUGUCCCAAACCUGUCCUGUCCUACGUGGAGUUGAGUGAGAGGGGAGAAAGGGGACAGGGUCUGGGCAUAAAGGCGGUGCACGGUGGCAUGGUGGACCAGCACCAGGUCUCGAUGAAAGACUGCGACGACAUCAAGUCACCUUCCUCUUCCUCUUCUUCAUCACUCCACAACCCAAACAGUCAGACAGAUCUGGACUCAAAUGUUUCCUAUUCCAGUCCCUCAGACGGCCCGGCCUGGGCUCACUGCCUCGCUCACAGCAAAUACUCAGAGCUACAACACGGAGAGGAGGCCGAGGAGGGUGAAGCAGACAGGGGGAAAGAAUGGGGAGCUACCGUGGAGCCUGCCGGGGCCAAGAUGACCUCAGGAGGAGGUGGAGGAGUGGGAGGAGACGCUAAAAAAGCCAGGGUCCACGAUCUCCCACCCACCAUCGACAUGGAGGAUUCAGACAGGCUGGACGGGCUGGAUGAUCAAGGCCAGGAGCCAAUGGGAGGGCUAGCUGAGGAGUCCCAGAAUGCCCGGGCGGCAGUGUCUCCUCCCAUGACCCCCCAGCAGCCCUACAUCCAGUACCAGCACUCCUCCUACCCACCUUACCUGGCAAUGUGUGAGAGCAGCGGGGGCUCCUACAGAGGGGUGUCCCCAACCCUGGUGCACAACUACCCAGGUUUCCACUACCCUCUGUACGGUAAGACGGCGGGCAGGGAGGAGUCGGAGGUGACUCCACCUGGCAGAGGAGGAGCGGUGAGCGGCAAACAGAGCGGUGACUCGUCCUCGUCCUCGGCCAUGGAGCUGCUGCAGCAGCAGAGCCAUCAGUACCAUGGAAAAUCACCUGCUCCCGGCGAGAAGGGUUCCCCCGAGGGAGAAAGAGAGACAGAGCGAGAGAGGAACCACGUGUCAUUCGCCCGACACCUCCACACACACCAUCACACACACCUGGGUAUGAGCUACAACCUGAUGUCAGGACAGUACGACAUCUACCAAGGGUUGAGCUCCAGGUCGCUGGUCUCCAGUCAGCAGGUGUCAGGACACUCCUCCACUGAGAGCGAAGGGAAGAAGUAGGACCAUGUGACCACGUCUCACAUGAGGAACGGCAGAUUUAUCAGACAUCAAUUCCAUGGUGUUUAAUAAGCUUCGCCUCGCUGAGAGGCAGAGAACUUAAAUUAAAAAAAAAAAACCUCUUUCAUUUCUUACUAAUGAAACCACCUGUUUUAUAACACGUCAUCGAGGAACAGACGGAGGGACGGGAAGCAGGAUCAGGACCUCUGUACAGAUCCAGAUCACUGACUUUUGAAGCUUUCAGUUUUGCAGGAUUUUGACAAAAGCAAGCGGUGCGUACGAAACUCAACAUCCCAGAGCGCCGUGCAUCAGCCCGGCUGCAGCUGAGGCGUUCAACUUUAUAAAAUGCACAUUUAUUGUAGUGUAUUAUGAUGAUGAUGAUAUGACUGAAUGUACUGAAGAUGACUUACAUUAUCCCAAUAGUGUUGAUGUUUUUUUAUUUUAAAAACUCCUAUUGGGAAACAGCAUUAGGAAGCUAAAAAGUCUAUUACUAUCCUUAUUAUUCUCAUUCUGAUUAUUGAAGUGGUCCUCCUCCCUCCAUAGUGCUGACGCUACAUUUGUAUUACUAACCUGUACUUGAGCGUAACCAUGUUGAUUGUAUUGUCUUUAUGUGAGAGUAAACCUUCACAUCGACCUGCCCAGUGCCAUGUAGGAACCCAGUGGUGUAUAUAUUCUGUACAGAUUCAUGGCAGAGCACUAACAUGCUUUAUCGUACUCUAUGUUGAUCUCCAUCAGCGAUGCAGGGGAGCAGCGGGCGGAGCGGGGACAACCAGCAGGAACAGAGCCACAGUUUCUUUAUUAGCUGAGUGCAGCUCAAGUGAGUCAUUUAGUGACUGUUAGUCCCAGUUUGAGCCUCAUGGAAUCAGUUUUCUCUCAGUUAACUGUUGAUUCAUGUGACCAUCUCCACACCUGACAUAGCUGUGGUUAAGGUUUGGUUGGUUUUAGGCCACAGAUUGUGGAAAAGAAUUGGACGUAGCCUCCAUAGAAAAGUGAAGCCAACUCAGAAGUGCCUUAAACCUGCAGUCUUUCUAAUGGCCAGCAGGGGGCGACUCUACUGGUUUCAAACAGAAGUCCGACUGUAUAGAAGUUAAUGAGAAAAUGACUCUACUGCUCACUUGCUCUCAGUGAACAUUUUCCUAAUUAGUUUAAGGUCUCAAGUCUUCAAUAAAACACAAUGUUCAUUUUGCAAAUUAUGAUCCCAUUUAAAAUGAUACAGAGCCAUUUAAAUGAUGCUGAAGGGCGUGGCUACCCUGUGGUUAAUGGUUCACUACCAUGGAGACCUGUCAAUCAAGAUAGAGGUGCAAUGCGUAGCCUCUGCAGCUCCACCCUCUCAUCUAGUUAUUGGUCGCUUCUGGCUCCAAAAAAAAAAAACAAGAUUGCACGGCCAAAAUGCCAAAUUCGAGAUGGGUACAACCUGGUCUCAGUCCCAAUUCAUCCGAUACCAACGCUUGGUCAGUGGCCCUUGUCUUCAGAUACAGAUGCACCGAUGCAUCCUUUUAGUAUCGGUGUGAGACGCACCAGGUUUCAGCUUUUUUUGACACUCUGAGCAACUGCCACAGUCUACUUAGAAGAGGUGGGACAGAAAUGGGUCUAACAAACUCUGGACUUUCAUCCAAGAGACUGCUGUUCAUGUCCCAUGUGAAACCAAAAGUCAAUCGUGUUAGUUUAUUAACAAUGUAGUGUGCUAGUAUUUGUAGCAUACUAUGCUAGUGACAUAUGUCACGUGAUGUGACAGUAAUAACAAACGUACUUAUUUUAAACCAAACAGUGAUGUUUUUUUUAAGCCUCUGCGCCGGCCAUGACCGUGUCUGUCUGUGCCAUCCUUGUGAACAUGGUAUCUCAAGAACACGUCAAGGGAAUUUCUUUAAAUUUGGCUCAAAUGUCCACUUGGA